AUGGCAUCUGGCAUCACCCCCCAGGGAGUGUCUUCGAGCCCCCUCCGACACCACCGCCUACGGAACAAAAACCUCUAUCGAGAAGUGCACGAAGCGUGGUCACUUGUUUGCGGCUCCAUCGCGCAAAUCACCGGCCAAGCUCUUGACGACUUUACUGAGGUCUUGCGUGUGCUUGGUGCUGAUGAAGACCUUCGCAACUACGUGGAAGACAAAAUACGAUACGAUUACGAUCCCUGUCGCUACUGUCUGACCAUCCGAAUGCCAAGCCCUGUCCAUGAUACGUUUUGCGCAAGAAUAGUGGAUGAAGUAUCCAAACAAUUGAGGCAAUUCCAGGAGACUGACGGACCUCUCGCCGAUUUCGCAAAGCAGGUCGAGCAUUUUGCCACAUCCCGAAUUUUCAUACCUGAAGACACCCACGAUAGUAAGCAUAAAUUUUCUAGACGGGAACCGGAUGCAUCAUUUGGGCAUCGUCAGGCGCUUUACCCCGGUGUGAUUGUGGAGGUAUGCUAUUCACAAAAGAGCAAGCGGAUUUCCCACCUGGCAGAUGAGUAUAUCUUAAACACUGAUGGGAGUGUAAAUGCGGUAGUUGCCUUGGAUAUCGAUUACAAAGGCUCCAACAGAGCGACAAUUACCGUAUGGCGACCGGAAUAUAAAACGGUAGAUAACGUGGUGGAAUUUCGGGCAACCGCAGUGAUAGAAGGACAGCCCUUUCGGACAGACUCUGGGCUUCCAUCCGAAGGAACAGAGCUACGACUCUCGCUCAGGGACUUCGCGACGGAGGAGCUCUCACAAGGGCACGUGGGUCUCGACCGCGAGAUUCUCAUUACAUCGAAGCAGCUUUGCGAUUUUCUUUCAAGCGCCGAAGCAAGACAGCAGGUACAGACGCAACAGCAAGGCUCAAUCAAUCGAAUACGACCGGGCGCUUUAAAGCGUCGUCGACCUCAAACUCCCCUGAGCAACUAA